CUUGUGCGACCGUUGAGUGCUUCCACGGUGCAGCAACGCGCACGGACGGAAGGAAAAAAAGGAAGACGCGAAGAGACACACGUAGAUACGUUGGCGUUACGUGCGAUUUCGUGCGCGAAUUCGGACGAGGAAAAGCAGUUUUCGACGACGACGAGCGCGCCGGGGCGAAAACUGAUCUUCAGGCCGGUACGCGACCUCUCGUCGCACCGUGUGUGCUAUUGCCGUCUCGAUUUCUCUCGGUACGUCUGUCUUGCUUCAGCUACCCACCCCGGCCACGCUAUUCCUCGUGGUACAGUAAUAAUAUCGUUUCCCGCGCGCACUGCGGAUUGGCUGAUGCAGCCACAACCGCGGAGUGAGAGGAGGUGAAGCAACGCGCUCCAUUUUACUCGCACUAGCGCCGUCGACGAGAGAGGUGUGCCAGGGAGAGAAGAGCGGAAGAGCGGAAGAACGGCAAGGUGCAGUGGAGCCAGGAGCCAGCAGCAACAGCGGUGCUUUGCUUCAACGGAGGGCAGCAGCGUGACGCGCUACAGAGAAGAGGGGGAAGGGUGAGAGGGAAGAGGGACAGGGAGAAGAGGUGGUGGUUGUAGCCGACCGACCGACCGACUUGUUUCAUUCAUAAAAAAGUUCUUUAUUACUCUCUGUGAGCGCAUGUGCUAUUCCACCACGGAGGAGGACCGACUACUACUACUCCCCCGGCCGGCGUAACCACGUUUACACACGGCAUUAUUUACUACUGUGCGAGAUACGAAUCGGCGCCAUACGCCGCACCGACAGCGUGGCGUACGGAUCGGUCGCUUGUUCUAUUCGUGCCAGUCGCCAUCGGAAUCUCUUUUCAGCAGGACGCCAACUGCUCCGUGUACAUUUAUCGCGCCGGAACGGACGUUGCGAACGGAGUUCUUCGCGUGUGCGCACGAGUUUAGAGACGUGUUUCAACAGACGGAUUUAUCGAAUGGUGUGAUUGUCAAAUCGACUAUCAUCGGUGCCAUCACCGGUACCUGUCAUCGUGGAAGAUCGUGGGGAAGAUAGUGGGUCAAGAGGGUUAUCGCCAGAUUAGUCAACCUGGAUUUAUCAAGGCUUGACGCUUGCCAAGGCCACGCCGUGGACCUCACCCAGGGGCGAGGUACGCGGGAUCGCCGACAGCUGCGGCAGAGUGCCGGGUAUCGCGUAACAAAAAUAGGUGAGCUUCAAUCUUACGAGAACAUCAUGCCGCGCAACGAGACAAUUCCGCGGCAAGCGGGCAAACGUCCUAUAAAGCCGCUCAGCGCUCAGGAGAAGGUAAACGCGAUUAAAAGAGUUCACGAUGGAGAAUCGAAAGCGUCGGUGGCACGCGACAUCGGCGUGCCGGAGUCGACUCUGCGAGGAUGGUGCAAAGCGCAGCACAAGUUAUUUAGUCAAGCAAAAAAUCAAUCGAGUAGCUUCGAGGGAUCGAUUCAACCGAUCGAGUCCGGAUCGGACGACGACAGGAGUUCACUUAGAUCGGGAUCGUCGCGUUCACCGCCUACGAAUGGUAAUGUAAUAACCGGAGUGGCGAAUCUUGUUAUGAGAGAAACAUCCAACGACGACGCAGAAAUUCUCCCACCUGCGAAGCGAGCGAAACUGGUGGAUAACUGCACGACACCCGUCGUUACCAAUUCGAUGUCUAAUUUGAUGGUUAACACAUCGUCGCAGGCUCACGGGCUUCCCUACAACGGCGAUUUAAGCACCACCUUACACUAUCAACGACUUAUGAAUGUUAUAAAUUCCAAUCCUGAAACCGCUAGAAUACUCCAACAAAAUUCGGCGUUCUACAACGCCUUCAACUUGAAUCUUUUGAACUCUCAAAAUGGUUUACAGUAUACGAGAAAUAAUGGUGUGGUUUCCAGCAUGGUUUCCAAUAUGGUUAGCAAUCCGGUUACCGGCAGUCAGAUUAUGGCCAAUAAUGUGGUCUUAAAUGGCGUAAAUAACGAAAAUAAAAGAAAGCAUAGCGCCACACGACAAGUAUUGAGUUCUAAUAGAAAACAUGCCAAUAUAGCAUCUGUUGUUGAUGGAACAGAGAGAUCGACAACUCCAAUGGCGUCAGGGGUAACUAAUGGCAGUAUGAUUGAGUCGUCAACCAGCAGGCCUCGCUCAGAGAAUAGACCUUACGAAGAUCUAAUGCAGCAAUUUCAUGCGCAACAAAUUCACCAACAACAAACCACUCUUUCUGAAAUCCUUACGCAAGCUUAUCAGAGAUUGUGCGCAACGAUCCUGAUGAAAGCCGAAGAAAAUGGAUUAUUAGAGAGGAAAAAAAGGUUAGAAGAAGCACUGCAACAAAAUAAGAGUACGCGCAAUGAAAACGAAAAUCGGCCAAAUGGUAUUCCGGUCGGUAUCGAUACGGCCCUUAAUCAGGCACAAGCGCUCGAGAAAUGGUUAAAAGAAUAUGGAUCACCGUACUUCACCUUCGAGAACGUGAGAAUGAUGCAAACAAUUAUCAAUAAGCUACAAGGCUGGAUGGAGGGAAGCAAAUCUGAGGGGCCAUCAAAGAACAACAAUAAUACCGCGAGCUAGCUGAAGCAGCGCAGAAAACGGUGUCGCGAGACACCGAAGGACAAAUAAAAACGAUGAGAUUGUUGGAGGUAUGUGUUAUAUAUAUAAAUAUGUAUAAAAAUCUUUGCAUAUAGUCUGUACAUAUUAUAUAAUUAGAUUCCUACUAUGUUAGGGAGAAAAAGUUUCGUUACUCUCAUCCCCAUACGUAACACGUGAUUACGAAAAAUGUCGCCGAUCGCGACUCUAAGUUACCUUAGAAAUUGUGACAAAUCAAAAGUGCGAUAAAACAUCGUACGAUUUAGAUAUUAUAUCCGCGCCGCCUUAUGUCGUUUUUCCUUGUUCAGAUACAUAUUGAAAUGAUAUUGCGAAUACUAACGCAGUUAGUCUAAAUUGUUAUGUAAAUUCAACUUUUAUAUCAUUAAUGAAAAUCUAUCGAAACAAGGAUGCGAUGUUCCUAGGAAACUUCGCGGGUAUGUUUUCCUGUAAUUUCUACCUCUAGAUUUUUGUUUUUUAAAUUAGGUUUAUUUUUAUUUUUUAAAUAAGUUGUAAGUAUUUAGAUUAAUGAAAUAAAUGUGAAAUGAAAUGGAUGAGAUAAAUUUAAUAAUAGGAAAAGACAUCUAUUUCCAAGACAAAAUAACUUCAAUUUUUGUCACAGUCAGCUAUCCUAAAUAUAAGUACUGAUAUACGUACUGGUAUAGCGAAUAAAUAAUAACAUACAUAUGUGAUUAGCAGUGACGCUAAUAAACAUCCAUUCAUAUCAACAAAAUUCAAAUAUUAAAAUACAAAAAAAAAUUUAGUUAAUUACUGAUUUAAAAAUUACUAUUAGAUCAUUUUUUUGGAUUUUACAUUCGGUUUACAUGAAUAUUAAUUGUAAUUAUUAUAAUCAAACUUGCGUAAAUUUAAUUUUUUAUAUUAUUAGUAAGUACUACGAAAGGUAUGAAUGCGAUGGAAUGAAAAAUUUUAUAAAUUGCGUUUUUCUAAACGUGUUCCUACCUCUCUUUUUUUUUUUUUUAAAUUUCAAAAAAAA